AAAAUGCUCGAUAUCAACUUGUUAAGAGAAUACAAGAACGGAAACCCUGAAAUUGUCAGAGAAUCCCAACGUAGAAGACACAAGGAUGUUGCUCUCGUCGAUAAAGUCAUUGAAUUGGAUGCAGAAUGGAGAAAGCUUACUGGUGAAGUUAAUGGUAUCAAGAACUUGGGCAACAUUGUCAGCAAGGAAGUUGGUCAAAGAAUGAAGGCUAAACAACCACUCGGUGAUGAUAUUGAAAUCCCACAAGAAAUUUUGGCUACUGUCGAUAAGAAUUUUACAAAGGAAACUCUUGAAAGUGUUUUCCCUCAACUCAACACAAAUCAAUUGAAGAAACUUUCUAAUCAUAUUACCGAAGUUCACGUCAAGCAAGCUGAUACUGAUGCUUCUAAUAAGGAAAAGGAAAGAGAUGAAGUUUUGCUUCAACUUGGUAACCUUGUUCACGAAACUGUUGUUGUUAGUGAUAAUGAAGAUAACAAUGGUAUUGUUCGUUUGGUUGGUAAUCCAAGACCAAAGGUUGAUGACAGUGGAUUCAAAUGUCUUAAACAUAUUGAUAUCAUGAGAAAGCUCGGAUGUUUGGCUACUGAAGAAGGUACUCAAGUUGGUGGUGGUAGAGGUUAUUUCUUGAUGGGAGAUUUGGUUAGAUUGAACUUGGCUCUCCAAAAUUAUGCUAUUCAAUUUUUGACUGAAAAGGGAUUCUGUCCAAUGUACACACCAUUCUUCAUGACAAAGGAUCAAAUGAAGAGAGUUGCUCAAUUAUCUCAAUUUGAUGAAGAAUUAUAUACUGUUUCUGGUGAAGGUGAAGACAAGUAUUUGAUUGCCACUUCUGAACAACCAAUUGCUGCUUUCCACUUGGAUAAGAGAUUUGACGAAAGUGAACUUCCAUUGAAGUAUUGUGGUAUGUCCACUUGUUUCAGAAAGGAAGUUGGUGCUCACGGUAAGGAUACUUUGGGUAUUUUCCGUGUCCAUCAAUUUGAAAAGAUUGAACAAUUCGUUGUCACUUCUCCAAAGGACAAUAAGAGUUGGGAAAUGUUCGAAGAUAUGAUUGGUAACUCUGAAGCUUUCUAUCAAUCUCUUGGUCUCUCCUACAGAGUUGUUAAUAUUGUCAGUGGUGCUUUGAACAAUGCUGCUGCUAAGAAGUUAGAUUUGGAAGCUUGGUUCCCAGGUGCUGAAGAAGGUAACGAAUAUCGUGAAUUGGUUUCUUGCUCUAAUUGUACUGACUAUCAAGCCAGAAGAUUGAACGUCAGAUAUGGUAAGGCUGCUACUAAGGGUGAUGCUGAAUUCUGUCACAUGUUGAACUCUACAUUGAGUGCUACUUCUAGAACUAUUUGUUGUAUUGUUGAAAAUUACCAAACUCCAGAAGGUGUUAAUAUUCCAGAAGUUUUACAACCAUACAUGGGUGGUACCAAAUUCAUUCCAUACAAGAAGUAAAUUUAUUAAUCUUUUGUUUUU